AUGCACACGACAAAAGCGAUCAUUCGCAGGUACGCAGGCCGACUUUUACACCUCUACCCACGCCGAAAUGCUUCCUUCGACGAGCAUGCAGAUGCACAGAUAUACCGCGUCGAUGCCAGGAGUAACGAAGAUGAACAUUCGGACGAUCACGUCCACCAACGUGUCAAAGCCAGCAAGGAGAACUAUGAAAAUUUCAACAUCACACUUCCCACGAAUGAGAUUGAUGCCCUCGAUUGGGCAUACGACAUAUCGAGUGACUGCCACUACGAAGCUGAAGAUCCCGAACAAGAGCUUUCAGUGACCCAAGAGAGUGUCGAAAAGACCAUCGAGAAGUACCCAGAGGUAGUAACACGGAACAGUGAUCGGGACAAUCAUGUCCGCAAACGUGUCGAGCCCAGCCGGAAAACCUAG